AUGAUCCUUGAUGCUAUCCCUGAGAAUAUUCCACAGGAGAAGUUUGGGGAGAUGAUUGAUAUUGCUUUUCUUGAUGAGCAGAUUUUGAACGAGUUCCGUACGGCUUUUGCGUUUAGUACCAAAGCCCAGUCGUUUGAGAAAUAUCGUGAUGCUGUUCGGCUCUUCCUUGGUUCGACGAUGUUUCAAUACCCUAAUAUCGGGAUUGCAAAGGCAGCACUUGAGUCUCAGUCUACUGGGCAGGAUGUUUAUCUCUAUCAUUUCGAGGAGCCGUCGCCGUUUGCGAGUCCCACGGGGUUUGUCGUAUCAUGA